ACUGAGGAGCAGAAGAGGAGCAGAAACGCGAGUGUUCGUGUCUCGUCGAGCCGUGCCGGUGAUCGCAGCCUCAGGUCGAAAUGUGCAGAGCUCCAGUGAUCGUCGGCUAAUAAAGCCUCGCGAUUGAAACGAAACCACACCGGCGGAUUCUCACAGACUUGUGGAGACGCGGUUUGUUUCAGGUUAUUGUUCGGAUCUGUUCGCGAUGCUUCUGCUGCGGUUUAACUGGUGUUUAUCGGUUGACUGAUCUUCCUGAUCUCAACUGCUCCUUCGGAAAACAAAUAUUCCUGUCGAGCAAUCAGUAAACGAGCGCGGGAUCGGCGGAGGGAGAGCGAGAGCCCCGGGAAGAUGAGUUUAGGUGGAGAGCUCCAGCAUCUGGACUACCUGACGGACAACGAGCUCAUGGACACCUUCAUCCACCGCAUCGACUCCACCGAGGUGAUCUACCAGCCCCGACGCAAGCGCGCCAAGCUGAUCGAGAAGUACCUGAUGGGGGAUCUGCUCGGGGAAGGGUCCUACGGGAAGGUCAAGGAGAUGCUGGACUCGGAGACUCUGUGUCGCAGAGCUGUUAAGAUCCUGAAGAAGAAGAAACUGAGGAGGAUUCCCAACGGAGAGGCCAACGUGAAAAAGUAA